UUUCACUUCAUGUGGAAAACCCACCAUUUCCAGGAGACUAAGUCGCUCAUCCACAUCUUGCACUUCAAGAUAGCAGAACAUCAGCAGUCUCAACCAGAAGUAUUGUCCCGUUAUCCACAAUCCAACAUCUGAGGUACCAGCUCACCUCAGCUUACCAUGGCCUUCACGAUGCACUCCCACUCGGGCCAGUUCUGCCCUGGCCACGCCAAAGACGAACUCGAGGACAUUAUCCUCCAGGCCGUCAGGAUCGGCUACAGCACAAUCGGCCUAACAGAACACAUGCCGCGCACCGACCUAUCCGAUCUCUACCCAGAAGAGCUCCUCCCCUCCCCCAAAUCAUCUCUCGCGGCCCUCAUGCCCCGCCACGAAACCUACCUCGCCGAAGCCGCCCGUCUGCAGGCAAAAUACGCCUCCCAGAUCCACAUUCUGAUUGGGUUUGAAGGGGAAUGGAUCCGCCCGGCUUAUGGCCCCCUCAUCCACUCGCUCGCCGCGCACCCGGCCGUGGACUACUUCAUCGGCUCGAUCCACCACACGCGGGGGAUCCCUAUCGACUUUGAUGCGGCCAUGUACGCUCAAGCGGUCCAGGCAUGUGGCGGUGAAGAAAGGCGGUUGUUCGAGGCGUAUUUUGACGAGCAGUUUGAGAUGCUGCAGGCGGUCCGGCCGAGGGUUGUGGGGCAUUUCGAUCUGGUGAGGCUGUUUAGUGCCGAGCCGGGGAGGGAGUUGAGGAAAGAAUGGAAGGGCGUGUGGGAGAGGGUGGUGAGGAAUUUGGAGUUUGUCAGGGGGUAUGGCGGGUGGUUGGAGUGCAACACCAGCGGGCUGAGGAAGGGGCUCGCCGAGCCGUAUCCGAAGAGGGAGAUUGCGGAGGAGUGGCUGAGGAUGGGCGGGAGGUUUACGGUUUCGGAUGAUAGCCAUGGGAUGGCGCAGGUCGGGACGAAUUAUUGGAAGGGGCUGGAGUAUUUGGAGGGGCUAUGGGUGCGGGAGGUGUGGACGUUGGAGAGGAGGCAGCCGGAAAUAGAGGGCGGAGAGAGACAGUUGGUCGAGAAGGCGGUGUCGAUCGACGACUUCAAGGCGAGCCUGAAGCUGCAGCCCUGACUGAGGAGGGAAGUUCACAGGCGGAGGCCUUUUGCACGCUGUGUUUGGGUUGAGGGAGAGCCAGGGAAUUUGUGUCCUUCAGUGUCAGCUCUAAAUGAGGUAUGUUCAGGUCAUAGGUUUCGGGUUUCCAUGUUUUAGACUUAGAACCCAACUGUUGCAUGUAGCAAUACCCCAAGCCGGUUACUAC